AAAAGGACGCACCGAAACGCGCGUUAUUCAGUUUUAGUCCUGACAGCCCUUGCGGUAGAACGUGUAAAGGGAACUUGAGUAUACCGACGAACGCGUAGAUGAACAAAUUGGAUAUAGAAAGCAAAUAGUGUUGGCUUAGCUGAGCAUGUGCGACGGUGUGUCCACAAGUGUACUUCUGUUACGGAAGGUGCAAAGCCAUACAAUAACAAUAACAAACGAAUAUUGAAGUACAAUAAAUUAUGCAAAAGCAAAGUUGACAGCGAAAAGUGUGUUAAAGUAACGGAAAAUCGAAAAUACGCAAAUACUGUGCAAGUGCAAACAAGGAAAAUUGGAAAUAUUUGUAUGAAUUAUAUAUUUGUGAAGUGUGGCAAAGCAUACUUUUGUGCGCACAGCCGUAUAUACCGACGCGUGAUUGUGUGUUUGAGUGAUUAAAGUGUGAAGAGUGACCGACAAUCGCACGCAUUUAACGCCAGCGGCUUAGUGGGCUCUUGAUUUAUACCCCAUUGCUGCUUUUAUUGUGCUUUUAACGGUUUUAAUGGGCGUUGCGUGCGACGGCUCCGCAGAAAAAACAAAAUAGAGUUGCGAGAAAAACACAAAAAACAAAGAAUUACCGCAUUUACGGCGGCAAAGUUAAAAAGUAGUAGAAACUACUAAGUGUAAGACAUCGCAAGCGAACUUACAAACUUGCAAUCGUACAACAACAGUGACAACAACAGUGUCGAAUAUGUUGCUUUUCACUCGCGCGUCGCUUUUUCGGCGCUCCGGCGCUUUCGUGUCGUUAAUUGGCAUAAUCCUUGUUGCAUGCCUCAUGCAACUGCCCCACAGCGCGGCCAGUGUAGUGCACAGCACGCAACAACAACAAAAGGCGCAACAACAGCAUCUUGGCAACAUGUUGCGUGAUGCCGCCUAUAAUAAAAACACUCCCAACGACCAAGUGCUUAGCGAUAAUGACGUUGCAACUGUCGACGAACUAGAUGCCGACAAUUAUGUCGGCGAUGAUUUUGCUAACGACUUCGCCGCUGCUUCGGAGCGCUACGCGGCCAGCGAUGAGUCCUCCAGUGUUGAGCUGCUGCGCUUUGUCGACGAACGCGACGAUGCAACGCUGAUACAUGCAACGACAACCGGUGCGGCCAGCGCCACCACCACCACCACCCCUAGCUCCGCAACAACCACCACAACAGCGGUGCCACCGCAUGAGCAGAACGCCGAGGCACUGCCGCUCGCCGAGCAGGUGCAAUUACUUUCCAAGCAAUUAAACGCGCUGAUGAUGCGCCGCCGUGAGGACUACGAGCUGCUCGAGCAUAAUUUGCGCAAAUCGCUGAAAAUCGACGCGACUGCGAACGAUGCGCUGUCGGCCAACGCUGUCGAUAUGGAUAUGCGCACCGAGUUGCAGGAUUUGCGCCGCGAAGUCGCCGCCUUGCGUGAUGGUCAUCUCGGCGGCAACAAGGAGCGCCUCACCGUCGAGUGGCUACAGCAAUCGAUCGCCGAGAUACGCAAACAACUCGUCGAACUGCAGGGGCUCGCCAGCGAAGCCAGCAAAAGCAUUAGCCAUCGCACGCAGAGCUACGAGGACAUGGCGACGGUGCGCAACGACUUCACCCAGCUGAAAUUGGAGGUGGCUGCGCUGCGGGAGCGCCAGCAGCAGAGCGAGGUAUUCGUGCAGGAGCUGCGCGAGGAAGCGCUACAGCAGGAGGAAGACUAUAAACGUUUGCUCUUGCGCGCCACGCCGUCGCCGACGGUCGUCAAGGACACGCCAGCGAAGCCGGCAUUGGUGUUGGAGCAGCCGCAAACGCAACAACAACAACUACAGCAAACAGUGCAGUCGAGCGAAGUCGAUUCGGAGAAUAACGAGCUAAUCAACGACCCACUAACCGCCGAUCACAAGCGCCGCCACUGCCGUUUCCAGCGACAACAAAUCCAUGAACUCCAACUGGCACAGCGCUCACUCAAAUCCCAAUUGAACGAACUGAAGUAUCAUCGCAUUGGCGAACGUGUACGCAACUUGGAAAUCGGACAGCAUCGCAUGGCCGAUGCCAAUUUCAAUUUGAGUCGACAAAUUGCCUCGCUCGAUAAAUUGCACACUUCAAUGCUGGAGCUGCUCGAAGAUGUCGAGAGUUUGCAAACGAAAAUGGAUAAAAGCCUGCCCGAGUUGAGGCAUGAAAUUUCCAAAUUAGAAUUCACCAGCGCACAACUUACCGCGGAGGAGAGUCUGCUGCGUGAGGAGGGCAAAAAUGUGGCGCGUUCGGUGCAGGCGAUGGCGGUGAGCGUCAGCACGUUGCAAGAUGAGCGCGAUGCUAAUAAACAAAUGCAGGUGGCGGUGGCGCAGUUGCGGGGCAAGUUGGAUCGCCUGGAGAGCGUGUCACAGGACAUGCAACGUGCAGUGAUGCAACAGCAGAAACAGCACAGUGCGGAACACAAGUUACACCACUCUCACCAGAAGCAUCACAAUCACCAACAUCGUGACACCAGCAAUAAGGACAACAAAGACGACAACAACAUGGCAACAGCAGAGGCACAUGGCGCCGAGUCGCUUGUCGCCAAACUAGAAAAUGUCGAAGAACAAUACGAGUCCAUUAUACAGAAUCUCCCACAGGACUGCAGCGAAGCGCCGACUGGCAGUGAUGCCGGCCUCUUCAUGAUUUCACCAGCCGGUCAGCAACGACCACGCAUGGUGCAUUGCAGCGUAGACGGUUGGACCACCAUACAGCGACGUUACGACGGCAGCGCCGACUUCAAUCGGUCUUGGGCUGAUUACGCUGCCGGUUUCGGGCAACCAGCCGGCGAAUAUUGGAUUGGUAACGAACAGCUACAUCAUUUGACACGUAAUAAUUGUACUCAACUGCGCAUAGUCAUGCAGGAUAUCUACGAUAAUGUUUGGCUAGCACAGUACGAUCGCUUUUACAUUUCAUCGCGAGCCGAUGGUUAUCGCCUGAAUACCGCCGGCUACAGCGGCAAUGCCUCCGAUGCGCUCGACUAUCAACAGGGCAUGCAGUUCUCGGCGAUCGAUGUCGAUCGUGACAUCUCACAGACGCACUGCGCCGCCAACUAUGAGGGUGGCUGGUGGUUCUCGCAUUGUCAACACGCCAAUCUAAAUGGACGCUACAAUCUCGGUUUGACUUGGUUCGAUGCGGCGCGCAAUGAAUGGAUUGCCGUCAAAUCUAGCCAAAUGCUAAUUAAACGCCAAACGGCGGCUAAGUGCAGCGCCGAAUCGACAGCUGCGGAAGCGACGACGACAACAUGGCAGACAGCGGCGUCAACGUUGUCGUCGUCGUCACCAUCAUCGCUGCCGGCAGCGCUUGCGACUGGCCAACAACAGCGCGUGACGGACGUAGCGCACUCGGAGGCAAUGCCUGUGGCGGCGGCGCCAGCCGCAGUGAGUAGCGCGACGCAGCGGCCAGUGCGCUCGCCGGCAACGAUAGCGUUGUAUGCUUCCGCGGCGCGUCUGUAAGGUGCUCUCUGAAAUCGCUCGCACAAAACCGCCAACUAAUAUGUAGAUGAUGAUGUGCGCGCCACCACAGUCAUGCCUGCGGCAGUUCACGUGUGCAGUGCGUUUGUUGAUAAGUAUGUAAAUAUGGUUAGAUCGGCGCGACAUAUACGCAUAUAUGCAUAUGUGUGUAAUGAAUGCCGAGAACUGAUUUGAUUUUCCAAUUUAUGCGUGUAGGUAUGCAAAACAAUUGCGCUGCAGUGUAUUUAUUUAGUCCAAAGUUACUAAUUGAUUUAAGUUUUUAUGCGUGUGUGUGUCUGUGUGGGUGAGAGUUUAGAAUUUAGGGCUAUAAAAAUAGUAUUAUUAAAUAUAUA